AGACCGUACCGGCCGGCCGCGGGAGAUGGUCGAGGCGCCGGCCGUCGUGGUGGUGGUGCGGGCGUACGACGCCGCGCGCGACCGCGUCGGCGUGGAGGAGGUGGAGCGCGCGUGCGAGGUCGGGUGCAGCGGCGGCGGCAAGAUGUGCCUCUUCACGGACCUCCUCGGCGACCCGCUCUGCCGCAUUCGCCACUCGCCGGACUCCCUCAUGCUGGUCGCAGAGACAGCAACCGGCCCCAACAGCACGGAGAUCGCCGGAGUCGUCCGCGGCUGCGUCAAGACCGUCGUCUCUGCUGGCACCACCACCACCCAGCAGGCUAAUAAGGACGACCCCAUCUACACCAAGGUUGGCUACAUCCUCGGCCUCCGCGUCUCGCCCAGCCACCGGAGGAAAGGGGUGGGGAAGAAGCUGGUGGAUCGUAUGGAGGAGUGGUUCCGGCAAAGGGGGGCCGAGUACUCGUACAUGGCGACGGAGCAGGACAACGAGGCGUCGGUGCGGCUGUUCACGGGCCGCUGCGGCUACGCCAAGUUCCGCACGCCGUCCGUGCUGGUGCACCCGGUGUUCCGGCACGCCCUGAGGCCGUCCCGGAGCGCGGCCAUCGUGGCCCUGGAGCCGCGGGAGGCGGAGCUGCUGUACCGCUGGCACUUCGCCGGCGUGGAGUUCUUCCCCGCCGACAUCGGCGCCGUGCUAUCCAACGCGCUGUCGCUGGGCACGUUCCUGGCGCUGCCGUCGUCGCCGGCGCGGUGGGAGGGCGCGGAGGCGUUCGUGGCGGCGCCGCCGGCGUCGUGGGCCGUGCUGAGCGUGUGGAACUGCAUGGACGCCUUCCGGCUGGAGGUGCGCGGGGCGCCGCGCCUGAUGCGCGCCGCGGCGGGCGCCACGCGGCUGGUGGACCGCGCGGCGCCGUGGCUCGGGAUCCCCUCCAUCCCCAACCUGUUCGCGCCGUUCGGGCUCUACUUCCUCUACGGCCUGGGCGGCGCCGGGCCCGACGCGCCCAGGCUCGCCCGCGCGCUGUGCCGCAGCGCGCACAACAUGGCGCGCGACGGCGGGUGCGGCGUGGUGGCCACCGAGGUCGGCGCCUGCGAGCCCGUCCGCGCCGGGGUGCCGCACUGGGCGCGGCUAGGCGCCGAGGACCUCUGGUGCAUCAAGCGGCUCGCGGACGGCUACGGCUCCGGCCCGCUCGGCGACUGGACCAAGGCGCCGGCCAGACGCUCCAUAUUCAUCGACCCGAGGGAGUUUUAGGCUGAUAAGUAGUAAAUACACUUAGGCCUAGCUUUAGGGUUUUUUUUUGGUUCUCCCCGGGUCGUCGUCCGUUGGAUCCCGUAUCCGACGGCUCCUAGUAGCUAGCUCUAGAGAAGGUCCCACCCUUUUGUGUUUCGUUUCAAAACAUGUGGUAACGCGCGCUUGCUUAGGCGUAAUUUCUGCUAGCGAACCGAAUUAGUU